CCGAUGUAAAGCUGCACUAUGUGGAGAUGGGGGCGGGGCCUCCGGUCAUGCUGUGUCAUGGCUUCCCUGAGAGCUGGUACUCCUGGAGAUACCAGAUCCCAGCUCUGGCAGAUGCAGGGUUUAGAGUGGUUUCUCUGGACAUGAAAGGCUAUGGACAAUCUACAGCUCCAGCAGAUAUAGAGGAGUACUCACAGGAACAGAUCUGCCAGGAUCUUGUGACUUUCAUGGAUAAAAUGGGUAUUCCCCAGGUGACUCUGGUUGGUCAUGAUUGGGGUGGAUCUGUGGUCUGGAACAUGGCCCAGUGUCAUCCAGAGAGAGUCAGAGCGGUAGCUUCCCUGAACACCCCUCUGUUCCCUGUGGACCCCUCCAAGGAUCCUAUGGACUUCCUGAAGACUGUACCCAUCUUUAACUACCAGCUCUACUUCCAGAAACCC